AUGAGUAGAUUACCACUGACAGAGCUUUAUGCAGAGCCACCUGAACCACCAGAGCUGGUCAAUGCAAUCUCAAAGCUGGAAAAGCUAGCAGUAUCGGUGAAGCAACUGCAGCAGUUCACUGACAGUGACCAGACUCUAAGCCAAGUGCUGCAGUGGGUCAGAGUUGGGUGGCCGCAGAGUCCCCCAGACAAAGCUUUCCAACCAUUCUGGCAAAGACGGGACGAGCUGAGCGUGCACAACAAUCUGCUGUACUGGGGAAAUCGAGUUGUAGUGCCACAUCCUGCUCAGAAGCAUAUCUUGGAGCUGCUACAUGAGGCGCACCAGGGAAUGGUCGUCAUGAAAGGCAUGGCAAGGUCGUUGGUCUGGUGGCCAGGAAUAGAUGCUGAAAUAGAAAGAUGCUCCCGGCAGUGCACACAUUGUCCUCAGAACUCUCCGUUACCGGCAAAAGCAGAACCAGUGUCAUGGCCUGAGCCGAGUGAGUGCUGGGAGCGGGUACACUUGGAUUACGCAGGCCCAUUUGAAGGAAGGAUGCUCCUUAUACUGGUGGAUGCGAAGUCAAAGUGGCUUGAAGUUGCCAUCGUGCCAAGUGCCACAGCUGAACAAACAGUAGAGCACUUGAGGGAUAUUUUUGCAAGGUUUGGACUACCAAGGUGUAUUGUUACUGACAACGGAACACCAUUUACUGGUAAAGCGUUCCAGGACUUCGUUCUAGGAAAUGGCAUUAAGCACCUGCGAACAGCUCCCUUCCAUCCAGCGUCAAAUGGCUUAGCUGAGCGUGCUGUUAGAACAGUGAAGGACGGUCUCAAAAAGACCACUGGCGGAGAUCUCAAGCUCCGGCUUGCAAGAUGGCUGCUUAUGUACCGCAGAGCACCCCGCCCAAAGGGAACAUCGCCCUCCGAGCUGAUGCUGGCAUACCCAAUGAAAGCAAAGAUGGACCUUUGCAUUCCCAGAAGGGGGGAAGAGGUGAGGCCAAAACAGUCACAAACAGAGUCCAAGGAGCAUGCUGAAAAGAAGAAAAAGGGACCAAGGUUCAAGAAAGGAGACAAGGUGGCAGUUCGAAAUUUCGGCAGAGGUCCCAAGUGGUGGUUGGGCGAAGUUGAAGAAAUAAAUGGAUCUUCUAUGGUAACUGUUUCAACUCCCCAAGGGAAGGUUCGUCGCCACAACGACCAAGUGAAAAUGCACUUGGACCCUCCAGCACCCAGUUCUGCGGAUACAACACCCACCGAGGAAAACUGUGUAGCAAGCACCUCGGGCAACAUAGAGGCCGCAACAGUGCCAUCAGCAAGACGUUCAACCCGAACUAUCCGCAAGCCCCAAUAA